AUGGGCUCGGAAGCGGAUGAGCCAGCCUUUGCGGGCGUCGAGCGUCUCAAUGCUAUGAAGGUCAAGGCAGAAGCGUCCUUCCGCGCGGGUCAGACAAGGGCCUAUACAUCACCCAAGGCCCUUCAGUCGUUUCUCAACCAACAGCUGCCGGAGCUCUUCACAAGACAGCCAUGUGACCACGAACUUCAGCUCAUAGGCACACAAACUUACGAGGACAGCCAUGCCAAUUUCGUGUCUACUGUGUGUGGGCUUUGCCGGCACCAUUUCCAUUUCAGCAGCAACGGCCCAUCGUCUCUCGUCCGAAGACUGGGCCAAGACCAUCCUCAACACAUGCUACUCGCUUACGAGCAACAAAGUCCCAACGACUUUGCCGAAGACCGGUCACGCAACAAGCACGACUACACCUACGCAGCUGCUCGCUUCAUAUGCUGUGAUCAAGACUGUCACUUCAGCAUCGAGAUCCGCGCAUCAUCCCCCAGAAUAACCGACAGGGACGUCGACCUAUUCCAGGACGUAGGGCGCGUGCGUGAAAAUUUGGCGAGGGCGCGGGAAGAUGAUCCAGACAGAUAUGCCGAUGUGGAGGCCGACUAUGGAACGCAGGCUGCCUCCACGAUGUUGGUAUACCUAAGCGACCACCUCGCACGCAAACCAGAUGCAGGGCCGCUGAAGAUCAAGAAGCGCAACAAGAGGUUCAUGGUCUCUUUUAGCACAGAUUUCGAUCCUUUACUUCGCUCACUAGGCUGGGAAGAGAGAGAAGACCCAGAGGGCGAGGCGUGCUGGUUUCUGCCUCAGCCGACCCCUCCGCACGAGCCGACUCUGACCAGGACGCUACAGGCUCAUUACGAAGAUGCACGAGCCGAACUGAUUCUGCUCUUCACCACGACUCGGCCUACACCAGCCUGGGAGCAAGUGCUUCGUGUUUUGCAGGGACACUACGACCCGUACCGGAGCGCCCCAUCUCUGCUCAAUCAAAUCGAGGAAGAUGAUCUGGAUCUGCUUGGCUGUCUCCGCGACUACGGCCCGACAGUCUUCUCGUGGGCGGCAAUCCUGCUUGCAAAUAUCGACCCUAGGCGGCGGCAGAACUUCACCCAGGCAGCACUCAGAUGCAUCAAAGAUAGGAGCGAAAUCGCCCGCGAUGCCAUAGUCAUCUUUGAUUCCAGUUAUGACGCCGGCAGCACAAACGCAUCUUUCGAGUAUUUUGCGACCACACCGUCUGCGCGCAACGAUGCGCAGUAUUUCAUCGAUCAAUACAAAACUAUAAUUGGUCAGAACCCGACCGAUGACGAGAAGGCAAAAGCACUACAGCAUCUCCAGAUAAUUGAAGGAGAGACGAAGCUGCAAAUAAUCAGCCAGAUGGAGCCCGAUAUGUUGAUGUUCGAAGGUUCAGCGUUUCCGAACAACACCAGCGGGGUUUAUUCUGUCAAAGCUGCAGAGCAGCUUCUCGGGAUAGAAGCGGCGUGGCCAGCCGACUUGAUCCGGGGAUUUGUCCACAAUCUUGAUGAAACCAAAUCGCGAAGUGAGGUGGCCAGAGCGCUAGACUCUUUGGCCAACCACAAGCGCGGCCUUGGAGAGUUGAACGAUGCUGAGGAAUUGCAACAGAUGGCAUCCUUCUUGCAAGGUUCAGAGACUGGUCACCUGCAAGCAAAACAAGCAGCUACUCCAAAGCACGAGUCCACAGGAUCCAACAGUUUAAGCGAGCCUGCUAAAUCUAUGGACAUCCCUCCCGGCAUUUACAACAUCGGCAACACCUGUUACUUGAACAGUUUGCUUCAGUACUUCUACAAUGUAGUGCCCAUUCGGCGGUUGCUGAAGAAUUUUGAUGAUUUCAAGCUCGAGCUCGAUGCGGAACAUGUCAACCGCAGAACGACUGGCGGUAACGCACUUAAGUUCAGCCUUGACGAGGCUAUAGUUGCCCGCCAAUUCGUGGAAACACUUCAAGACCUGUUGGAACGACUUGAGACAACAACAGACAAAGCAGUCCAUGGAUCCCAAAAGCUAGCGAAUACUGCUCUUCUGUCAGCUGCAGAAUUGCUCGCAAAACAGGAUGCCCCCCCGCGCCAAGACACAAAACCGCCGCCUCUGCCGGCACGGCCGUCUCCUACACCGCCUGCGACAGCUGGUGAGGAUGUCGAUAUGGUGAAUGUAACGGUUGAACCCGCCGAUGGACAGACUAGCGCAAACUCACCAGCGGGCAGUUCACAGACUCUGGUGAAUGAGCCGGAGCCCAUGUCCGCAAUCUCUUCGAUUGAGGGAGCUGCUGAGCCGACCACUACUGAACCAGGCGGCCCUCCACCAUUAGGCUCGGGCCAUGACGUUAUGGACGUCGACUCGAACAAGGAUGAGCUCCCUGAAGCACUCACACUGGAGGAACGCACUGCACGUAUCGCAUGGAAACUUGAUCAGUCCGAGCGCCGAGGCACGUCCCAGCAAGAUGUCGGCGAAAUCAUGGGCAACAUACUGGAGCAUCUUGUCCGCUCUGUCAGGCCCACUGGCACCAUGCCAGAUCUGCCCGACGUGCAGACCGACGUCAUUACAGAUCUGUUCUUCACAACCAUGGUACACCACACAGUCGACCUCAAGAAAGGGUCAACGACCGAGAAAGCCAUAGAAGAACAGAGGAAGGAGGUGAUGCUGGACAGGUGGAUCCAGGCAUUUCCUCAUCCUGAGAAGGGAGUUUCGUCCUCGUUGUAUGAAGCGCUCGAUCGCAACCUUGGUUUUGAGGUGCUUGACGAAACGAGAGUGCGGUAUUCGACAAUCAGAUCCCUGCCUCCCAUCUUGCACAUUUGCAUACAGCGUACCGACAACUCUGGUGUGAAGAAUGUUAAUCCAGUCGUGAUUCCGGAGAUUCUGUAUCUGGAUCGCUACAUGGACGCCAACGACGACUCCGACCUUGAUCGAACCCGAAGAAGAAUGGGAGUCCUUCAAGAAUAUCUGCGCGAGUUGGAGGCACGUUCCCGCAAAGACUCGGAGUUUGUCAUCAAACCUGUGGAAAACAGCAGCUACUUUGAUCCUCCCCCAACCCAAGCCGAUCUUGGAGACAGCUUCGAUCCAGCAGGUCCUCCUGAGUUGGACCAGGACCUUCUCAAAGAUCUGGCACCAGUGAUGAGCAAGAGGAAGAGCUCCCCUGCCUCGACAGCUGCAUUCAAGCGACGGCGCUCAGAUGGUGCGGAACCGUCUCAUGAUGUGGUUGCAUAUGUUGAAGAGCUACACGAAGACUCUGUGAACCUUGUCGAAGAGACCAACGCGAAGCUCAGAGAAGUGCGACAAGAGAUCCAGUCCGCCUACGCAGACCUGAAGCAACAUAAGUAUGCCAUCCAUGCGAUCAUCUGCCAUCUCGGGGACCGGCAGGCGUCGGGGCACUACUGGGUCUGGAUCCGCGACUACAAGAAGAACAUGUGGCUCAGCUACAAUGACGCCAAUGUCACUGUCGACCGGCGCGAUUCGCAGGAGCUGCUGGACGAGCUGAACCGCGGCGGCGAGCCGUAUUAUAUUGCGUACGUGCGCGACGCGGACAAAGAAGAGCUUGUCGACGUGCUGCAUCGUACUGUGCCAAUUGAUACUACUGCUAUUGGCAGCAGCACCGUCGAUGGCCUAGAUGGCGUAGCGAGACCACACGAUGCUUUACCAGAAGACGCCGUGAUGCACAUCGAAACCAUUGAGGGUGUCGAUCCUACGCACGUAGAGGAUGUCAGCGAGGUUCACAUGGAUCGGGGGUUUGAGGACAAGAAAGAGUCGAGCAUGACGCAGGUUCAUGAGAUUCACGCCGCCGACGAACCACCCCCUUAUGAAAUCGUGUAA